AUUUUGUUUACUCUUUACUAUUUGCUGUUUGGUAUUGGUACCUACUACGGCAGCUGCAGCUUAGAUGUCUCGAAUAUUAGUCGAAUCUCAAAUCUCGAUAGUCGAUUUAGUACUUAGUACAUGAUUAGUGAUUAACUAUUAUCUUAGUUCAUGCUUUAAUAUUAGAAUAUUACAACGUUAUCUAUAAGUAAUAUAAUCAAUAUAGCUAAUUAUGUUGAGUGUUGGUUUCGAAAAGUAUAAGCUUGAGUUGUAAUAUUCUCACAAUGUCGUUGUUAUACAAGUAAUAGGUAUAAUGACUUCAUCGGCACAGAGUACAAGAUAUCAUUAAGACCUCAAAUGCAAUUUGCACAUUAUAAAGGGAGAUACUCGGUGAAAAGCAGUUCCAAUUACAAGAUUUGUUGAGUGGUUAUAUCAUAUAAUCAUGAAUAAUUAGAUCAGAAAAGGAUUAGACCAAAUUUAAUAAUACUCUGCUUCAGGACAGUAAGAAUAACAUUAUACUAAAAUGGAACAAAAUGCCAUGGAAGUAGUUAACGAUAAUACAUCAGAUGAACAAGCUGAUGUUGAAAUGAAACAUCAGUAUGAAAAAGAUAAUGAAUGUAAAGAAGAAAAACAAGGGUCAUUUGUUAGUUUAAAUGAAUUAACAGAAAAAAUUUGUGAUACUAAAGAUGAACUACGGGAAAUAAAUGAACAUAAUAGCAAUGAAAAUAAUGAAUAUGUAAGCAGCGCAGAAGUUAUGCAAUCACAACAAUUAAAAAGUGACUCAUCAUGUGAAAAUACAAGUGAAAUACCAGAAUUAAAUGAUGUUUUCGGUCAUAAAUUAGAAGCUGAACAAGAUUUUGAAUUUGUUGUUGAACAAACUGAGAAUUUUGAUUUAAGCUGUGAUGAAACCAAUAUAAUUUCACCUGGUUUUUCUGAUUCACUUUAUUCGGAAAGUUUUUAUUGUUCACUUUAUUCAACUAGUUUAUCCAGCCCAUCUAGUAUUUCUCAUUUUUCUUGUUUACCUGGAACAUCAAAUGAACAUUCAGAAUAUAGUUUAACUAAUGAAGAAGAUUUUUUAUUUAAUUAUCUUGAACCAAUAUCAGAGUCGAAUGAAAUAAUCGAAACAAAAAAAGAUACUGAUAAUUUUGAAACAUUGUCAUUAGUAAAGACUAAUCAUAUUAACGAUACCUUUGAAAAAAAAAAGUUAAUAGAAUGUGAUCUUUUACAAUAUGUAUUAGAAAAUGUAAGAUUUGAAGAUAAUAAUGAAGUUCAAAAUAAUUCUGAAUGUUUUGUAGGAGACAAAAUAAUUAUUAACCCUGAUAUAAUGUACAAUAUUGAACUUAAAUUACAUCUUAAAAAAAUGCGACUCUUAGCUGGACAAGUUUUUAAAACACCUGAUGACUUAACGAUAUUAAAUAAAUGUAUGGAAUUAAUGUCAAUCCCAGAAAUGAAAAAAGGGCGACAAAUAAUUACUGAAGAAUGUAGUAGACCAUUUUCUGAAGUUAUUUCUGAAUCAAAUUAUUAUAAUAUUCAACACAAGGACUGGAAUAAAAUAAUAGUCAAUCAAGCAGCAGUGCUCUCUCAUGUCGGAUUUGAUUUUGCUUCAAAAGACACUUUAUAUCUUAUAAGAGACGAAGCUAUCAAUUACAUAAAAAGAUUGGCUGGUAUUAUGAAAAAAAAUUUUGAUAUUCAAUCAAAAAGCUCUUCUCCAAGUAAUAUUGAUCCAAUUCAGAAUAGUCUUCAAGAGAUGGGCAUGAAAGAUGGUGUGGCAGAAUUGAUCAAAUAUUAUGAAAAUGAUGUAUUUGGUAGACGUAAAAGGUUAUUGAAGGAAUGUGAACACUUUCAAUCAACAAUUAAUCAGUUUGUAAAACGUUCAUUAUUAACUCCUACUGUUAAAAACAAAUAUGAUACUCCAGGACUUUUUGUUGAAGAACAAUCAACGAGUAAAAUAAAUACUACAGAGGAGAAUAUAUUCACAGAAGAAAAAGCAUCCACAAGUACUGAAUCUGGGCAUAUUGAUAACAUAGAUGCGGUUCCAGUAAAAUCUGAAUAUAUUAAGACUAAUACAGUUGAUGUUUAUAAUAAAAAGAUGUACUAUACAAAAUGUUCGAACACUGAUAUACAAUUUAACGAUCUCUUGAAAUGUUCACAUAUGAUAUCUGUACCCUCUAACAGCUCAAACUCUAAAUUGUAUUCAUUUACAAAUAAAAAAUCAUUUUUAAGCACUGAUAAUUUAUCAAAAAGACAGACAGAAAAAAGUAAUAAUCUUCUAAGAAAUGAAAAACUUUCUGAUAUACUUGAGUCUGGUAAUAUUUUUAGUGUAACUGAAAAUAACAUCGAUAUUGAUAUGUCAAAAAUCCAAUCUACCUCAACUUUUAAUAAAACUACUCCUGAUUCUGUUAAAUCUAUUGGAUUAGAUCAAGCAGCUUUCCAAAAAAUUAUUGAUGAAUUUAAAGGAAAUUUCAAACAUGAAUCUGUUUAUGAUAACAGUUCAAAAAAUAUUCGUUUCAAAAAUAAUCCAGAUAUCGAUGAUGAGAUGAAUGGAGACUAUUCAGAUGAUCCAAGAUGUGAACCAGAAUAAUAAUUUACGAUCAUAAUUCAAAUGUUUUAAAAGGACUCCACGUCCACAUUCAUAUAGGUUGUUUCCAAUCUAAAAUGAUUUUUAAAUAUGUACAGAAAUCUGAAAGCACGCUUGUGCACGAUAUUUGUUAAAAUUUAACUAUUUAAUAGUUGCUACAUUUUUUAUAUCAUAAUUUAAAGUUUAAAUCUAAUAAAAUUAUCUACAUUUUAGGGGUAAAUAGUUUUGGCUUAAGCCAUUUAGCCCCACCCUUUUGAUUGCCUCCAUCCAACAAAUUUACAAUAUCACAAAAUAGUAUUCAGCAGAACAAAUUUUGUGUUGUUUCGAGUAACAUUUUCCAAUUAUAUAAUUUAUAGGUAAGAAAAUUAUCUGUGUUUGUAUGAUAUUUAGUGAGUUAUUAUCAUUUUUAUAUUGUAAUACUACUAAUACUUAACAUAUUAUUUAUUACUUGCUCAAAAAUUCAAAAAUUCAAAUAUUGCAAUAUACCAUAAACUAAGAUAAAUUCUCUUAGUUCAUGCAAAAUACCAACAUACAUACAGAUAAGGUUCUUUCUUUAAAGAUUGAUAAUAUGUUCACUCUAAAUUAAUUAUAUUUUCUGUCUGUAAGACGGAAACAAACACUUCCAAGUGUAAUUUCCUUUUAGCUAUGGUAUUAUUGAAUUGGAAAAAAAUUACUGUU